AGCCUAAUUACCUAAUGCCAAUUAUUGAUGCUAAUGCUAUUCGUGAUGAAUGGAAUAAUUUUAAAGCUAUAGUUUUAGCAAAUUAUAAUAAUCUUUCUACUGAUUCACGAUUAUUUCAAUAUUAUUCUGAUAUGUAUCCUAAUAUUCUUAUUUUGAUUAGUAUAUUUUAUUCUAUACCAUUUUCUAGUGUAGAUUGUGAAAGAGGGUUUUUUAAACAAAAUUUAAUUAAGACUGAUAUUUGUAAUCAGCUUAAUAAUGAUAUGUUACAUAUGUUAAUGACAAUUGGGUUAUAUGAU